AUGGGAAAUUGUCUUAUAAGAGAAUCGUCCGUGCAUUGGGGCGGCGAAGAUUGGGGGUCUCUGGCGUCGGAAAAGAGUUUUUCCGGCCACGACAUGUCGUAUAACAAGGCCACGAAGAUAGAAGAAGAUAAAAAACUUCUUGGGGAGGACAAGGAAAUGGUAACAGAGGUGAAGAUCAAGAUCACAAAGGAGCAGUUGGAGGAAAUGUUAGGUACGGUCGACGUACAAGGAUUGUCUGUGCAGCAGGUGCUAACCCAGUUGAUGAACGUCAGUGAUCGAUUCGAGACGCAUCAACGGUCGUGGAGGCCGGCCCUACAGAGUAUUCCAGAGGUCAAUUGA